CGGAUUCUUCGAAUGCCGCUCCUACAUUGCUGAUACAAAUAUAGUCUCAGGCUGUAGUGCAGCGGCAUUGAAAGAACCCCACGGGGGCCCGAGUAAGCCAAAUGAACCCACAAAUUUUUAUAUUCCUCCGACCGUCCCAGCAGAUCAAUGGCGAUGGAAGCAAUGGAAAUGUAUAAGAGACUUGGGGAACGCCUCUCCUUUGUAUCUCAACACCCAUCACUGUCUCGUUCUCCAGAUUCUCAAUCUUACUCGUCAAUAUGUCCAACCAAGCAGCAUGGAUCCCAUCCAAAGGCGCCCGCUUCGAAGUCAAAGAAAGCCCCUUGACGAAGCCAGCACCAGGUGAAAUCUUGAUUAAGAACCAUGUUAUAGCGCUCAAUCCUGCUGAUCACAAGAUGCAAGAUCAUGGCCGCAUGGUGCCAACAUUCCCAUUUAUCCUUGGGUUCGAAAUCGCAGGCGAAGUAGUCGAUGUGGGAGAAGGUGUGACGCGCUUCAAGAAGGGCGACCGUGUAGUCGGCCUCGCCAUUGCCCCCAGGACCCAGAACCUCGCCCACGCCGGCUACCAGCUCUUCACCAUUGUUAGCGAAGUCGCUGCAGCGCAUAUCCCAGAGGGGAUUCCUUAUGCUAAUGCCGUUGUGCUGCCCAUCGGACUAGCGACUGCAGCUGCAGGUCUCUAUGAGCCAAACUACCUAGCCCAGCCGGCGCCAGGCAAAUCUACGAGCAAUGCUAGUAGUGGCAAGAAGUCCAUUCUCAUCUGGGGCGGCAGUUCUGUAGUCGGGAUAUCUGCAAUCCAGCUUGCGGCGGCUUCUGGAUGGACCAUCGUAUCGACAGCGUCCCCGAAGAACCACGAACUUGUCCGUUCGCUCGGAGCAACGCAUGUUUUCGACUACUCGGAUCCGGAUGUGGUUGCGAAUAUCUUGAAGGCAGUGGAAGGAACGACGCUGAUCGGCGUGUUUGAUGCGAUCUCCGAUCCUGAUACAAGCGUGAAGAGCGCCGAGGUGGUGCAUGCCUCCGGUGGGGGAAAGCUGAUUGCGACGACGAGUGGGGGGUAUGAGCGAAGUACUGUGUUGUUGGGGGAUGUGGCGAGGACUCUUGUUUAUGCGCCUACCCCAACGCCGGGUCAGGAGCUGCCUGUCUGGAUGGGAGUGUGGCUUGAAUUCUUUGAAGAAGGGCUCAAGGAUGGGAGAUUGAAGGCGAAGCCGGAACCGACCAUAAUUGAAGGAGGUCUUGAGAAAAUUCAGGAGGCGUUAGACUUGCUCAAGAAGGGGGUGUCGGCUACGAAAGUCGUUGUGCAGUUGUGAAGACCGAAAAUGGCCUCCGAUCCAUCUUGGAGCAUAGCACAGACAUUCCCUCAUACUUCUUGACUACUAGAGCUCAUAACUGUGAAGCCUUCGUAUAGGCGUAGAAAUACAAAGUACUUGGAUGAGGAUGCUCACAAGUAAAACUCCAAGAGGUAAAGA